AUGCUGUUUGCAUCGGAACCAGAGGACCAAGACGAAGGCUUGAAAAAAAAGCCUGCUGCUUCCACUUCUACUUCAAGUAAUCCAGCCGUGAUCGUGAAGAAGGGUGCCGCCAAGAAUGCUGCAGUGAAGAAGAAGAGUGCAACUAAAGUCCACAAGAAGCCAGCCAUGCAAAAGCCGAAGGAGAAACCGUCAGUGGAGCCGCUGUCAGACCCAAAAGGUGUCAAGGUGUUCACACGCCGAGAUGGGACCACUUACAAGAUCUUUGUUUCCCCAGACGACAAGUCUUACAAGACAAAGAAAAAGGCACUUGAGAACGGCUUCGACGAGGUCAGAGAUCGCAAACUAGGCAAAACUGCUAGCAUCAUGGGUGCUGCAAUGCUGUCAGUCGAUCUGAGUCUGGCUUUCGAUCAGGUCAGCCACCAGUAUUUGCGAGCAGCACUCGAAUUCUUGAGCGUUGACCCAGACAUGAUCACGCUCAUUUUAUCCAUACACAGAGCUACGUAUCAUGUGCAACACGGGCAAGAAUCUUCGUGCUUUGAUAUUUGCAACGGCAUAAGGCAGGGGUGCACGCUCUCGCCGCUGUUAUGGGUCUGCAUCACUCAUUACAUGUUGCACAGGUUUAGCCUCAAGGCAGGGACAACAGCUCGUGACAGUCUAGUGCUUUUCGCUGAUGAUUUUAUCUCGAAAUUUAUCCUGCGUGACAUGACUGACGUGCAAGCCCUCGCCACAAACAUCCGGUACCUUUUCGAAACUUUGGGUGAGGCCUGUAUGACUGUUAAUCCCGAAAAAUCCAAGCUACACAUCAAGGCUGCGGGAGUUCCGUUGAAAAAGUGGCUGAGCAAACACACCGUCACCCACAAAGGGGUCAAGUGCCUGGCCCUACGCACACCUUUUGACACGCUGUAUCUGCCUCUUUGUGAUCAGAUGACUUACUUAGGGGCCGUGAUCUCUUACGCUGCCUUCGAAGAUCAAUCUGCUGAGCACCGCAUUAGCAGUGCUCAAGCGAAUGUGUCCAGGCUGGCAAGGCACUUAUUCACGCAACAUGGACUCAGCUUGAGGCUGCGUCUGCGCUUGUUCAUGACUUGUGUAAGAGCGUCCCUGCUGUAUGGCAUCCCGUCAAUCGGAGUCACUGCUAAAAGCCUUCGCCUUAUGCAGAGAUUCGAAGCCAAGCACGUCAGAAGGUUAGCCAGGGCCCCAGCGCAUUUGACGCAUGAGAGAACGCAGGACCUUUACGCGAGGCUUGGUCUCACUUCUUUACAAGACGCGCUGCUUGCCCGUGCACAGAGCAGCGUUGACUCUUUUCAGAAGCCGUAUCAGUUUCCGUGGAAAGGGGACCUGCGUAAUUGGCAAGUGAAAAAGCUUGACGAACUUAAAGAAUGCAUACAACUCAGUCAGUCAACUACACUGACUCAGACUGUGUCAGAGGGGGUUCCGUGCCCGGUCUGCGGCGUCUACUUUGACACCCAGCAUGCCAUGCGUGCACAUGCCACGCAGAAGCAUUCUAUGAUCUUUACUGUUCAGCCAGGCACUGCCAUGAGUCAAACGCUUGAUCCUCGUAAGCACAGUAUGGGCGGCAUGCCCACAUGUCGCCACUGCAAAAAGCCUUUUAAGAAGUGGGCUGGCCUUCGAGACCACAUCCUGAAUGCUUGCAGUGUCUGGAGCGGCAUUGCCACUCGUCAAGUUGACUCAGUCCUGAUGACCCUACUGCCUCAGCUGUUGCCAACAUUUCGGAGCAUCGACAAGCUGCUGGUGCGGCACAGCAUGGAGCCCACUCUGGCGGAGAGGGAGGUGGCCAACGUCUUCGGUUCCUCGAUGCCGGCCAUUGCAGCAGCCAAAUCGCAGCGCAGGGAUCCGGACUCAAGCCCGGAGAAGUCGAAGUUCCUCAAGACCGAUCGAGCCAAGGGAGUUCGAGGCAAGGGAUUGGGAGGUCGCAAGCCGGCCCAGACCAGGGCCACGGGAUCCCAACAGCAGCAACAGCAGGAGACACUGAGCGAGGAAACCAUAGCGGAGCUCCUAGCCAUCCUGACCCGACUGGCCCUCAAACACGAGGACAUCUUGGCAGCAGUGCAGGCGGACAGCUGCUUCAUGAUGUAUCUGGACACAUCCGGCGACCUCUCCAUCACGACCAAUCUGUACCAGAUCACACAAGCUUGGCAGACCAAAAAGCGGGACACCCCGGAGCUGCUCACGCAAAGUCUUCGGGUCACUCUUCUGACGGCACUGUUCAUGGAGCUUCGGGAGCGCAUGAACAUGGCCCUGCUGGCAGAAAAACGCGAAGUGCUCGCCAAGCAUCAGUGGAUCAGCACCUCCGACCCGGCGACCUGGAAUUACCAAAAGUGGGAUCCGACGACCGAAGCCGCGGUCGUGGACGCGGCAAAGGUCGGCGUGCCGCAUCAGGAGGCCAUAGAGGUCAUCCAGAAGAUCAUCCAGCUAGUUCCGUCCCUCCUUGUUCAAAAGUUUCACAGCACGCGACCCCAGGCUGCCGAAUAUCAAUCCAAUGUCCUCCCGUUUAUGCUCAUGAUCAGCAAUCGAGGCGAGAAGGCGCAAGACCUCUACAACCUCUUUCAAAAGAUCUCCGACCUGAGUGCACUGCGGCUCAUCGGGGCGCGACUCCGUCCUCAUCGCCAACGCCGUCAGCCAUUGGCGCUGACGCUGGAGGACGUUGCAGCCGAGCUCCUGAAAUCAUCCAACCGAGACCGCCAGCCGGAGGGACAGAUCUGUUACAUGAACUCCGUCAUCACUCUAUUUUCAUGGCUUGUGCAGGCAUUUGCGAUGGACCUGCCGUCGCCAUACGGCGUGAUGAAAACGGCUUUUGGGACCAUCAAGGCUGGCCUAAAACUCACCAUCACCAACUGCCUUCCUUGGCAGACCGUGAUCCGGCAGUGGUUUCGUGAAAUGCAAACUGACCUUCAUGCGCAGCAGGAUGCAGUAGCAUUUGCCGAGUUUUUGCUACGCCAAGCAGACAUCCCAGCUUUCCGGGGCACUUGGGAGGCCAGAACCUAUGAACGGAUCUUGAGUGACUCAGGUGUUUUGCCUAUUCGACUUGAGCUACGUACAGAUCUUCAGGCCUGCAUUGAUUACUGGCAUGAGCAGGCUGUGCGCUUCAUCCAGGCACUGCGUGUGCAGCCCGCAUUGCUCUUACUGCAAAUUUCGCGUUUUGACCCGGAGGAUCCACUUUGCAAAUAUGAUGCACCGCUUUUGAUUGAGGCAGGCCAAGUCAUCACCAUGCCGUGUUUCGACGAUGCACACAGCAUCAUACGCGUGAGAUACAGAGUUGCCGGUAUGAUUUACCACUGUGGACCCACCAUCCAUGCAGGUCAUUACCAGACAGUUUUGUGCACCUUGCGGGCGGCUGAGGGCAAAGUGAUUAAAUCCUUCACUGCUGGCAUGUGCACCAUGGGCCGGUCCAGUGUACGACUUAACACCAUGCAUCAUCCUGACUUCGUGCGACUGGUUUGUGCCAUGAUCCGUGAUGUAUGGCCGGAGCAUUACUUCACCAGUUUUACAGUUGUGGAGGGCUCCACUUGCAGCUGGCACCGUGACCGGAACAACGCAUCUGGAUUGAAUUUGGUCAUUCCUCUCACUUUCUUCCGACAAGGUGCGCUGUAUAUAGAAUCUCCUGAAGCUCCAUGGGUCACCAUUGCUGGGGAGACUCGAAGAGCUACCAGGGCUGAUUUCACUAUGGGGCCCAUUGCAUUUGAUGCUCACAAUCUCUCGCAUUGUGCCGAAGUUUCCGAGGAUCGUCGCAUUGUUUGCAUUGCCUACUGCCUGCGAGGAAUCCAACGUUUGAGCGCAGAGCACUACAGCUUUCUGUGUGACAUGGGAUUCAAUGCUCCACUUCUUGACUUGAGGCCAGGGGACAUUUCUGAAACCAUCGUUACCGAUGGCUUUCCUGACCUGCGCUACGCUUGA